UCAUAUAAUACAACCACGAUUCACUGAUACAUCACAAAAUAUGCUGCCACUGUCCCAUCAGUUUCCUUCAAACUAAUUUUCCUAUUUUCUUCUCUCAUUCUGUUGUCUGAAAGGUCUCAAUUUCAUUACAUCUUCUUAAGUUCUUUUGAGGGCCAUUAACCCCCUGCUUUCCAAGAAAAUUCAUUAGCUUUUAGCUUAAAUUCUUUGUAGAGUUCUCAGUUGGCUUUUUUCUAAUUAUCCAAGAUUCUUUUGAAUCUGAAAAGUUGGAUCUUUCACUAAAUUCUCUAAUCUAUGAUGCUGUUCAAAAGGGUAUUCUUAUUCCCAGUAUACGAUUCUGAAUUAAUACCUUUUGGGUGUCAUAAAAAUCUCAUCCUCUAGUCAUUUGCACAUCAAAUACUUGUACAAGAUCUUAUUGUCCUGUGUCUGAUAAGCUCUGGAAAUGGAAACUAUAUUUCCUAUUUCAUCAAGUUGGAUGAUGCAGCAGAACAAGAGCUCAAUAUGGACUAAAGAAGAGAACAAACUGUUCGAAAGUGCUAUUGCGAUAUACGAUGAGAAUACUCCGAAUAGGUGGUUUCAGGUAGCAGAUAUGAUCCCUGGAAAGUCAGUGCUUGAUGUGAUGAAGCAAUAUCAGGAACUAGCUGCAGAUGUUUGUGACAUUGAAGCUGGAUUGGUCCCAAAUCCUGGUUAUUUCGCGUCUUCUGUUACGUUAGAAUUGGUCGAUGAUUGUGGAUUACAAACAUUUAGAAAGAGAGGCAGAUCUUCUGAUCAAGAGAGAAAGAAAGGUGUACCAUGGACAGAGGAAGAGCACAGGCGAUUCCUAAUGGGUCUAGACAAGUAUGGAAAAGGGGACUGGAGGAACAUAUCCAAGAAAAUGGUAAUCUCAAGAACACCAACACAAGUGGCAAGUCAUGCUCAGAAAUACUACCAGAGACAGCUCUCAGGAUGCAAAGACAAGAGGAGACCUAGCAUCCAUGACAUUACGACUUUCCAUUUCGUGGCCGACACAUCUGGAAACAACAUCAAUUCUCUAUCUAAAGAAAAGUUUUAUUCAACCCCUUUGCAGAAAUUCACAACUACAACAGAUGUUGUGAACUACUGGAAUAGCUCAAGUGAUGAAGAUCUGAUGGAUUUUGGAUCAUCUUAUGGAAGUUCAGUUGUGGCAUACCCGUCUGAGAUUACUUCACAGUCUUGGGAUGGACAUGGAGCUAACGGUAAUUCGCAGCUCCAGAUCCAAUCAACGAGAUACGAGAUAUGGGAUUCAUGAGUGGCACCGUUGAAAAAUGUCCAUCUAGGAUUCUGUUUUAUGUUCUUGGUGUAAUGUAUAUCAAGUUUAGUUUGUUAUAGUGUAACGGUCUAGUUUCUUUGGUCAUGCUUUCAGACUUCAAAUGAAAAUCUUCGACUAAUUAAGUCUCCUGAA